AUGCCCCAGGCUUACACUGUCGGUGCAGGCACCGGUAAGGCUGCCUGUCCCAACGGACUGGGUCAACUUUGGGCGGGAACUGGGGAUCCCGGAAUUUGGGCUGGCGUUGGAAGAAGGGGAAUUGGACACGGUGGUAAGGAUCGUGUGACGGACCAAGUAACAAACAACACCACCAAGCACGGUUCCGGAAUUUGUGGAAGGUAUCGUAAGGCUCAAGUUUCCGCGUCCGCCGCCACGCUCUCUCUUCUCUCAUCGACACGAAGCAGAUUACGAGGCAAAGUCAGAGAUGCAGCCAUGCGGCGUUGA